UUCGGUUGGUUGGUUGCGUGUGUUCGCUGCCUCGCAUGCGCACUCCGUCUUGUCGCGCUCGCACCGCACCACCACCGCCUCGAGUGGCGAGUUCGGCCACCCACUCCUCCUCAACGCCACCGCCGCCGCCGCCGCCGCCACGCGGCCCUAGCCACCACGUAGCGGCCCCGGCCAAUAAGCGGCCGUGCAUUUCAAAUUUUGAAGACCAGGCGGUCAAAUCUCUCCGCCGUUAAGUCCCCUGCUGCCGCCGCUCUCGCCUCGCCUUCUCCUCUCUCUCCACGCCGAGAGCGCGGACCCGGCAGCUGCCCUCGCACCUCUCGCCGUUCCUAUCCCGGAGGAGCGAACCGCCGAGGCGGCGGGGAGGAGGGGGAGCUGGGAAACCCGUCAGUCCGGGGGCAUGCCGCUGCCGCUGGCCAGGGCGAGGAGGGGGUUCUCCCCGCAGCCGCCGGCCCGCCCUUCCUCGUGCAGGCUGCAGCUCGAGCAGGAUGUGCAGGAGCUGCAGAAGGCGCUGCGGGAGGAGACGGCGCUGCACUCCGUCCUCGAGGGCGCGCUCGAGCGCGCCGCCGUCACCCUCGCCGACAUGGCCUACCUCCCCACCACCGCGCAGGAGCUGCUCUCCAAUAUCUGCAUCCUGGAGACCGCGGUCACCAAGCUGGAGGAGGAGAUGGUCUCCCUGCAUUUCCAGCUCAUCCAGGAGAGGAACGAGAGGAGGCUCGUCGAGUACCGCCUCAAGCAGCUGCCGCCGCCGGCUUGCUCCUGCCACUCUGGGAAGCUCGAACCGGAGGAUACCACAAGAACAAAAUGUAAUCAAGGGGAGAAGGUUUAUCCUCAUGCUGUCCUGCAUGAACAAGUUAUGAAGUUACAGAGACAGAUCUCUGUUAAAAGCUUAGUGAAUCCUAAUCAGCUUUCGGAGGACAUCGUCCGCUGCAUGAGGAACAUUUUUAUUUCCUUAUCAGAUUCCUUCAGAGACUCCUCAAGGAAUUCCUCCAUGGAGAAUCAGCAGUCUAUUCCAUCUCCCAGCGGAAAUUAUUCAAUUUCUGCAUUCUGGUCCCUGUCAGAACCAUCUUCCAUAUCUUCUUGGGUACAGAGCCCUCAAGUAGAUUUGAACUACAACAAUAGUUUAUUAGCUUCGGAGACUGUUUUUGACCCUUACAAAGCUCGUGAGAAGCUUAGCUGGGCUGACAUAGGAAGCUACAGUGCGGCAGCUGAAGUUUCAUGGAUGUCAGUUGGGAAAAAGCAACUUGAAUAUGCUGCGGAGUCACUUCACAAAUUCAGGUUAUUCAUUGAACAGUUGGCAGAAAUAAACCCUAUUCACCUCAAUGAUGAUGCAAGGCUGGCAUUUUGGAUCAACCUAUACAACGCGUUAAUGAUGCACGCUUAUCUUGCUUAUGGUGUUCCACGGAGUGACAUGAAACUGUUUUCACUGAUGCAAAAGGCUGCAUAUACAAUUGGGGGGCACUCAUUCAGUGCUGCGUUUAUUGAAUAUGUAAUUCUGAAGAUGAAACCACCAAGUCAUAGGCCACAGAUGGCCCUGCUUCUUGCCCUUCAGAAGAUGAAGGUACCUGAGGAGCAGAAAAAAAUCUGCAUUGAGGCACCCGAGCCACUUUUGACGUUUGCUCUCAGCUGUGGAAUGCAUUCUUCUCCUGCAGUGAAGAUAUACACAGCAGAUAAUGUGAGGGACGAACUUCAAGAUGCACAGCGUGAUUUCAUUAGAGCAUCAGUAGGAGUAAGUCGAAAAGGGAAGCUUCUGGUCCCUAAGAUGCUACACUGUUUUGCCCGUGGUUUUGUUGAUGACAACAGCUUCCCCAUUUGGAUAUCACAUUUUCUUCCUCAGCAGCAAGCUACAUUUGUUGAUCACUGUGUGUCUCAAAGGCGGCAAAGUCUCCUGGGCACCCGUACUUUUGGCAUCAUCCCAUUUGAUUCUCGGUUCCGGUACCUCUUCCUGCCAGAUACAGGAUUGUUAAAUUAACUGCCAUCAAUAUUCGGAUGCUUCUUUGCCCAGAUAACCUAAUUGGUAAUAAGCUAUAAUAAUAGCCUCUAGUGCUUAUUUUUUUCUAUCAUGGAUUUAGGUCCACCAUAAAACCAUAUGUUGUUGCUUCUGCUGAUGUGUUUGCAUGUUUUCUAACAGCCUAACAGCCAACAGAACAUAAACAGCACACAUCUCCUGUCCAAGCCUUGGUAGACAGUUGAAACAAGAGAGUAUCUGUCUUUGGAGUUGAGUAUAUCUUGGAAAGUAAUUUUAUAUCCAUGGAUCAUGGGAGUAUCAACUUCGAGAAGAAAAAAAAUAGGAUGCGAUCUGUAUCAUUGGAAGUCAGAUGUAUAUCUUUGUAAUGGCUGAAUAGUUUCCCUUGCUUCGACACCCUGUCGAGUUUCCUGAAAAAUCUGUACAUAUCUCCUACUUCAAAACAAAAAUGAAUUCCUCAUGGUGCUGUUUACCAA